CACUUUGUUGUGUUUGUUGUUCAGACAAGACAAAGAAAAAUAUAUAUUUUUAGAACUGUAUUAUAAACAUUAAGAAAAAAUACCUUCUCUUUUAUAAAGUGAUAAUAAAAAUUUGCUCAAAUAAUUGUUAAUAAAAGUCUUAUUCUGAAAUUUGAAUAAUUAAUUUUUUCUAAAUGACAUUUCGUCUCCGUUUGUUUUAGAGGUUAUGUUUUCUGUUGUGAUUGCCGACAAAACAGACGCUAAUUUUUAUAUAAAUUUUUCAUAUAAAAAAUAUUCUUUCAUCAAUUUAAAUAAAAUUCCAUUAGAAUUUUAAGUUACAAACUUAUACGACAGAAUAAUUCAUGAAAAUGGCGAAAACAAAAACAAUUAGUAAAGGCUGUCCCAAAUGUGAACAACAAGUUCCAGUUGCAUGCAAAGCAUGUCCAUGUGGGCACUCAUUUUUCAAUGCUCGUCGUAAUUCUGUGAAAGGUCCACCAAGUCCAGAUAGUGGAACAAUGAAAACAAGAAGAACUAAUCGAAUAAAACGUGAAAAACCAAAUUAUUAUGAUGCUUUGGAAUAUGAUAAGCAGACAAGAAAGAGUGCAAAGCUCAGAAGAGCAGUUGAAUCAAAUACGGACAUUGACUGUAGACAAUUGAAUAAAAAACGGAAGCGAAAGGGCAAGGGAAAGGGAAAAGGCUGCGGAAGUAGUGGAGCAGGUGAAGAUGAUGACGAAAUGGAAGGCGUUAGUGGAUUAUCAUUAGAGAAACAACUCACUUGUUCUCUUAUUUUACAAGAACUUAACAAUAAAAUGCAAAUUGUUGCGUGGAAACCAACGUAACUAAAAUCAUCAUUGACUUUUGAAGAAAAUGAAAAGAAAAAAAAAACAUUUUUUGUGCCAUUAAAAUGUCAACUACAUUUUUAUCAAACAGUGCGUAAAAAAUUUACUUUCCUUUUGUAAAUAUUUUUAAUAAUAUUAAUUUAAAAAAACUAA